AUGGGGCUGGUUGACCUCACCUUUCAAAACCUCGAUUCCAACCACGAUAGCUUUCUGGAAUUGUCUGAACUGUAUGAUGUCUACGACAAAAUCGACGCUAAUGAUGACGGUGUCGUGAGUGAAUAUGAAUAUACAUAUAGAGCCACGGAACAACACAGGUUUUUUUCAAUUAUAUUUCAAGAGCUGGACUAUGAUGGGGACGGUUAUUUGGACAGAGGUGCCGAGGCCGGCCAGUACAUCAUGAUGGACACGAACACUGAUAACGAAGUUAGCAGAAGAGAAUAUGAUACUUACUACACAAAAGUUGUUGAAGACGCUAUACAAAAAUACGGCUACUUACUUGGACCUAUCGGAGGUAUCGGUAAUAGUGGACCAGCCACAACCUAG